GAGCAACAAAUUGCACAAAAAGACCUGAUGUAUCAAAUAUGAUCCAAAUUAAAUUCAUAUAUGAAAAUUGAUAUUGAAUUUUAAAAAAUGUUAGCCGGUUCAACAAACACUCCAGUUUUGAAAAUUUAGAAUUUUCUGGCAAUUAUUUCACGGUUCAGGCUUUAUAGGGUUAAAUAAUAGGCAAUUAUGAAAAAACUAAACUUUUUGGAGAUACACGCUCUGAAGCUACUCUGAAGCAGCAACAGCGUCCCCUCCCGGUGAAACGAGCAACUGCAGCCCUUCACCUCGGCGAGGUCAUGGGCAUGGAAGUGAAGCACAGCGCCCCCCUGUGAGUCUGGUUGGGAAAACCCGUCUGAGGGUAAUAAAUUAUUACAAAUAUUAGCCCAAACGUGUUGGACCGGAUACUGUUUGACACUCAUUGUCUGUGUUAUUAACGUGUCUUGAAGCUGUGUGUAACCUGGGGUUGACACUGACAGACGGCUUCAGCUGCUCCACACACCGAGACAGACCGCACAUCACUGGCAGCUGUUUCCCUCCACAGACAAACCGUUAAAAGCGAGUAAACCGACAGGUAGUGUGACCGCAGGGGAGGUGUUAUGUGAUGUAGCAACUGAAAUGUUAACCAGCUACAACUACGUUUGACUGGAAAAGCUUAUUGGAUACAAAAAAGAGGUGCAGCCAGGUGACCGUGUGUCUCUGUUGUAGCUAACUGGUCAGCUGCCAGCUAACUUUAGCCUUGUCAGUUUCUACUCAGGGCCUCUUGUUUCUGCCGUGUAUAUUACACCUUUGGGAAAUUCAAGGUAAUGUUAGUUGUUACUUGCUUUCUCUUUUCGCUGUCAUAACAAUAGACCGUUACGCUAAUUUAGCUAGUUACAUUAACUAGCUAACUGGUCAUGUGUUAGCAAACCUAGACUUGCUAGCUAAGUUAACUAAUAGCCAUGCAAUGUUAUUACGGUGCAGAGUAAGGUUACACUACGCGGCUAUGCUCUGUAGUUACUCUGUCACGUUAACCCCAUAACCUUUAGCACACUUAGACUAGCUAACAAGCAAGUUAUUACACUUGUUAGAAAGAAUCUGUUAUUCUGUCUCUGUUCUCUGUCUCUGAUUGACUAGGUCACUAUCUAUGCAUGCGUAAUUCACUGACUGUGUGUGCCCUCUCUCUAUGCAUUUAUAGAUUAAUCGUGUUAGAUGCUUUUGAUACAAUGAGCAUGUACUAAUAUUGUUUUAAAACUAUGAUUAGUCUAGAUACAUUUAUUUUAUAUCUUAUGUGGACAUUGCAAAAUCUUUGUCCCCACUAUCAUCUCUGCAAGUCAUAACAAGGCAGGAGGUUGUGUCUCAAAAGUUGUUCCAGGUCAGGUCACGGACAUGGUAAUAACACAUUAUUUCUAACACACUGCUUAUUACUUUAUUGUGAGCAGUUCAACCCACUAUAAAGCGUUGCGCUGGGUGCACCUUAUUUAAUAAUCUCUCCAGUUUUUGUAGGCCGUCUGUUUUCUGUAGGACCACACAGUAAUGUCUUUCACCCCAUAAAAGUUUUUGUUUAUUAUGUCAUUGUGCCUAUAUAACAUAAUCAAGACCUUCUCAAACAAAACUGGUGCAUAAAAAUAAUUUUGAUCUAUGUAAUACCUCACUGUAAUGCCAUCUGUAGUGUACAUCUACUUUAAUUUAAGUCUCCAUCAUUCUCUAAAGCUGCAACUAAAACAUAAAUUAAUAAUGAGUUAAUCUGUGCAUUAGUAACCCCAUUAAUCGCUGGGUGAUUUAGUCUAUGAAACAUCAGAAAUUUGUGAAAAAAUGCUUAUCUCUGUUUCCUAUAGCUCAAGUGGGAUGUGUUGUAAAAUUUGUCCAACCAGCAAUCUAAAAUGCAAAGAUGGUUAGUUUACUAUAACAAAGCAUCACAAUGGAGAGGAUUGAAGGGGCAAAUGGUAUUUUUGUUGAUGAACGAUUAAAGAUAUACUAUGCAGGAUUUCCCUUAAAAAAAAAAAAAGUAAGUAAAAAGAAAAAGUAAUCCCUCUCAGUUAUCACUGAUGAUGCUCUCUGCCUGUAUUUUCUCUCUUUAUUUUGUUGUGUUUGGGACGUUCCUGAAUGUAAUCUUUUUGGCAUAAAGGUGUUUACAGCACAGAAGGAACAUCAGUAUAGCAAGGCAAAAUGCCAAGCAUAGGGGUUUGCUUGGGAUGAGGGGCCGGUAAUUUCUGCAUAGUAUAUUCAUAUAUCAAGACUGUUGUUGUUAAAUGUUAUUUCAAAAGACUACUCUUUCCGUUCAUCCACCCGUCCCUGUAUUUAGGGCUAUGGAUUUCCCAGGCCACUUCGACCAGAUCUUCCAGCAGCUCAACUAUCAGCGUGUCCAUGGUCAGCUGUGGGACUGUGUCAUCGUGGUGGGGAGCAGACACUUCAAGGCGCACCGCUCUGUGCUGGCAGCCUGCAGCACCCACUUCAGAGCCCUGUUUACAGUCGCAGAGGGAGAUGCUAGCAUGAACAUGAUCCAGCUCGACAGCGAGGUGGUGACAGCUGAAGCUUUUGCUGCUCUGGUGGACAUGAUGUACACUUCAACACUGAUGCUGGGGGAAAGCAACGUGAUGGAUAUCCUCCUUGCAGCCUCACAUCUGCACCUCAACAAUGUGGUCAAGGCCUGCAAACACUACCUGACCACACGCACCCUACCCAUGUCCACCUCAUCCGACAGACACACCCAUCAUCACCCUCAGCAAGAGCAGCAGAGGCACCGGCAGCAGCAGCAGCAACAGCAGCAGCAGCAGCAGCAGCAAGUGGCAGAUUUAGCAGUGAACCCUACUCUAUCAGCUAAUGCUAACCUCACAGCAAAUGCUGCCACAUCAAAGUUGCAGCGCUCCUUUCUCCUGCAGCAGCUGGGGCUCAGCUUGGUGAGCUCUGCUUUGGGCGGAAUGGAGGAGGACAGAAAUGUAGCUGGCAAUAGAGUGGUUGAACAGAGAGCCUCCUUCCCAAUCCGACGCUUCCACAAACGCAAGCCCUCUCUGGCCCUGGGCCUUUCAGACGAGAGACCAAGGCAGAGGCAGCGCCCCUCGGCCCCUAACAUGGGGCUGUUAGGAGAAGAAGGGGUAAACGCAGAGCAGGAAGAAGGAGCACUGCUCUCCCCGGACUCCCACAAGAUGGGGGAUGAAUCCAAAUUGGAUGCUACAAUCACUGGCCUAGUAGGGAUGUCUCAAGAUGAUGCUCAGAUGCCCAGUCAGUCAGACAGUGGGCAUUGUGAGGGGGAGGACUUGGGGAGAAUGCAGGGAGGGGUGAGGAAGGAGGAGGACAUGGAGGACCAGGACCACCAAGUCAACACAGCAGGGGUGAAGAUUAAAUCAGGGACAGAUGAGGCAGAAGAACAGGAACAGAAGGUGGUGGUUAAACGAGAGCCGCUAAGUUCUCCAGAGCCGACUGAUGAAAUCAGCGAUGUGACAUCGCAGGCUGAAGGCAGCGACCGGGCUGAACCCGGAGGCCGGGAGGAGGAGGAGAAGGCGGAGCUGAGCCCAGAGAGCAGCGAUCGCAGCUUCACCUCUGAACCUCAACCCAGCUCUGAUGCUCUGCUGCAGCCCAGCGCACAGCUGCUCCUCAAGAGCAGCAUGGGAGGAGGCGCUGGAGUUGGAGGAGGUUUUGGCUGUAAUAGCGGACUGGGUGGCAAACCUGGUUUUAAUAUUUCUAGCUUUCUCAGUCCGAAAGAUUUUGGAAAUGGCGGGGCAGGCCUGGUUACUGGAGAGGACGAACUCCCAAACACAACAACGGGUGAUGCAGUGGCACAUCACUUCCUGCUCAGACAGGAAGCUGCUGGACCAUCUGGUUCUGCGUCUUCCUCUCUUCUGAAGUCAGGUCCGCUUGGUGGUGAGAGCCGCAACAGUUUUGGAGACAACCUUCAAGAUGAUUCUCUCUUCCUACAUGAUGGUUUAGGGAACCCGAGAGGAAGUGGUGGUGGAGGGCGUGGAGGGGUAGAUCCCUUUGGUUUGGACUUUCAGCGUUCUAGUCUUGGCCUUCACUCCAUGGGGCGACCCUCUCGAGGAGCAGGGGGAGCAAAUGCCGCUGCUCUGGGUUACCCAGGCUACAGACGUAUUGCUCCGAAAAUGACCCCCGGUAUGGGAGGAGAAGAAGGUGGUGUUCUCCAGGAUGCUGCCUCUUCCUCCUCAAGUCUGACAGGUCCUCUGCUUCUUAACAAGAGCGGUGGAUAUGAGAUGAACAAUGGCAGGCCCACCUCUCUCCCCCCUCAACUGACCCAAGCUUCAGCACACGUCCUGUCCAAGUGCAAGAAGGCUCUGUCGGAGCAUAAUGUCUUGGUAGUUGAGGGAGAUCGUAAAUAUGCCUGUAAAAUCUGCUGCAAAACCUUCCUAACUCUGACUGACUGCAAGAAACACAUCCGCGUUCACACAGGAGAGAAACCCUAUGCAUGUCUCACAUGUGGAAAGCGUUUCAGCCAGUCCUCCCACCUAUACAAGCAUUCCAAGACCACCUGUCUGCGAUGGCAGAACAGUAACAUGUCCAACGCUCUGCUGUAGGACUGCGUCAUUGCAUCAAAUCAAAUAUGUGAGAGGAAUUGGCGAUGGGCUGAAUUUAAAGUCACAAAAAUGUUAAGAUGUUUCUGAAGCUGUGACAGAGCAGUCAGAUCUGAUCAGCUGUUCUGUCCUGAUGACAGACCAAAGAUAGGGAUGAUAAUGUACUGGUAUAUCUUCUUUUAAAGGUCAAACCCACACUGUAAAGUCAGCUGAAAUUAUUGUAAACACAUUUAAACUGUAGAAAGAUUAUAGGGAUGCAGGGCAUGCAAAUGUGCCACAUUUCUUUAUAUGGAUUCAUCAUAGAGAACCGUAGAUAUACACUGUAUACUCUCCUUCUGUUAGGGUGGUUUAGGAGGAUUUUUCAUCAGUGUCAAUACAUGCAAUACAUUUAUUUGCAUUAUAUGAUCUGGAACAGGCUAAGCUUUUUAAAGUUGUUACACUGUUAGCUGUAUCAUCUAUCUAAAAUGUAGGCCUUCUGGUUAUUAAGUGACAUUUAGAUCUGUUGAGGUGAUACCUUGAUGCUGAUCGUCUAUAGUUUAUGGUACGCUUUUUGAAGCAAAAUUGAUUGACUAACUCUGAGUGAUGAGAGGGAGCUGUCCAGCACCAACAUUAACAACAAAUAUCAUGUAAAAUAUAGUGAAUAUGUGUAGAUUUUUUUUAUUGCACAUUUGUAAAACAUGUAGCGGUAUCCCUCAUCGGACUGUUGAGUCAGUGUAAUUGUGCAUAUUGACUGUGCCUUGAUCUAUGCAAGGACAGUCAUAUAGACUGUGGACUAACUGAUUCAGAUUCAGUUUAAGCGCUACAUAUAAUGCCUGUAAGUACUAGGAACUGUUGCUGGUUGUUUGCUCUUAAUACCCAAAAACAUGGAUAGAGUGAGGAUCAGUUUUUUGAUGUGGGCUGAGGUAAUGCUGAAAUCUGUCACUUUUUGCAAGUUCAACCAACAGAAAAGACAACAGAAAAUCUAGUGUUGUAUACGUUUUUACCCUGUUUCUAACCUGUUGUUGGUGUGCAGAGAAAAUGUAAUACUGACUAAAUCUAUUAUUUACGGAGGUGACUUGAAAACCCAAAACACUUAUUAAUAUUUGUCAAUACGUUAAAGUGAUAAUAGAUGUUCAUGCAUAUUUAAGUCAGGUCAAAGGUUUGAACUUUGGUGUUCACUCCAAGCACCUUUGAAUUACUAUCUUCAAAAGUGUUUCUGUGCUCAGUUAAAAUUGAGAAUUUAUCAGUUUGCAUUGAUGGGGCCUUCACACUUCAUGUGAUUACAAACAUUUAUACAUGUAGUUUGUUGAGUGCAAGUUUUGGAGGGACGGGAAAGUUUUGUCAACCUCCUUUGCCCCAAUUUGCACCUACCAGUCAGAGCUACUAACCUUAGAAUUAAGCAUUAUCAAGGGGUGCAGU